GUCUACUUCAUCGUCAUCUUCCGCAACAGCAGCUUCCGGGGUAUUUCUAACCGCAUCCGCGGCUUCGGCGAAGAUGAUGAAUGGCGGUAGUACAAAUAGCAACCAUCGCAGCACUGGUAUCCUCAGCAAAAGCGCCUCCACCCCAGAGUUGUCAUGCGGAAUUGCAUCUACAGGGAGACUUGUCAUGCGGAUCCCCAUGAGCGGCAUUUUCAGUCGUGCUGCAGAAUUUGUUAUGCUAUCGACACGAUAAGGAGAUAGAUUUGUGAUGCGGUCGUCCUUGCUGACCUGCACUACAAUCCGUAGAAAAACUUGUCAUGCGUGACUCCCAAAACUUCUGCAUUUGUGUUGCAGAGUUCCCAUCUUGACACUGGUGUGGGGACGUUUUUGCUCAGGAUAACUGGGUCCGCCACCUGGGUCACCGAUUUCCGGAAGAAAACAAAUCCAACCAGCAGCACUUCCGCACCGCCAGCGGGGAGUACUAUCAGGUACGGCUCUGCACCAGGUCCGCUACUUCCUUUUGGACUGUCCUCCGCCAAUAUCAAAUGUAAAAAUGUCUGGGUCUGGAAGAGUCCAUGUUUGUCAUGCGUGUCUGGCAUGAUUCUCAAAUCUGUCAUGCACGUUACCCAAGAGCGCCAUUUUUCUGUCAUGCAGAAACGCAGUUUGUCAUGCAGAAUAGGCAACGCCUAGAAGCUCAGAGACUUCUCAUGCUGAGCCAGCACUUGUGGCUUCCUCAUGAUAUGCCACCCAGCAUCACAAGUUUCCAGACCCAGACAUUUUUACAUUUGGUAGCCAACGCCUGGAAUCUGUACAACAGCCAGCAGAAUUUCAUUCAGACCAUAUUACAAUGAAAAAUGCCUCCACGACCCCGAAAGUUGCAAUAAUUUGUGAUGCGAAGUUUCCAAAUGAAAACUUUUUGUCAUGCAUGAAAGGAUUAUGAAUCUUUCUGAUGCAGAGUCUAGUCGUACACAGCAUCGCUUGCAUGACAAGCGCCGCUGCUCUUGCUGGGAUCUAAUACGAAUUUUUGCUAUUCACGAUUGAAGAAGAAGAUCUGUGAUGCUGAUACAUGCAAGAGAGCGAGCGCUUCCAUGGGAAGGGGUUGCAAUACAAAUGCUCCCAAGUUCUGCGGUGGGGGCAUUUUUCCUCACAAUAGACCACAAGCAGUCCGAGC